CUUCCUGGGCUGCCCCUAUGAGCGCAGCGAGCUUGCUAUGUUUCAUUGCUGCCUGGCAGGCGGAGAGUGGAGUUCUUGUGGCGGCUGCACGAGAUGCUGAGAAGCGGGACAGGGGGAGCAACAGAGCGGUGUUGUGUGUUGCAGACGAGCAUUACGGCACUGAUGCUGUGGGACUGAAAAGGAGAGGGGCUUAUUCCUGCUGAAGCUGCAAAGUACAGAUUUGUCUUGGAGUUAGCUGAAAGAGCAUCGCACCAUGCAGUCAACACAAGGGAACCAGUUGAUGUUACCUUUUACUUUGCAAGAGCUCCUGGGUCGAGAUACCGUGCAAGUAGAGCUGAUUCCAGAGAAGAAAGGGUUGUUCCUUAAGCAUGUGGAGUAUGAAGUAUCUAGUCAGUGCUUCAAAUCAGCUGUGUACAGACGAUACAAUGACUUUGUGGUGUUCCAAGAGAUGCUUUUGCAGAAGUACCCAUACCGCAUGGUCCCUUCAUUGCCACCAAAAAGGAUGCUUGGAGCUGAUCGGGAGUUCAUAGAAGCACGCCGGCGAGCUCUGACACGUUUUAUCAAUUUGGUAGCCAGACACCCAUCUUUUUCAGACGAUGUGCUUGUCAAUAUAUUUCUUUCAUAUAAUGGCCAGGAUGUACAGAAUAAAAUGCGUGAGUCAGUUCGUGGAGUAGGAGAUGAGUACAUCACUUGUAAAUUCUCUGCACAGGCAAAGGAUUUCCUCCCAGCGGAUAUCCAGAUCCAAUUUGCUGCCAGCCGGGAACUGAUCAGGAACCUCUUCAACAGCUUUUACAAACUGCGAGAUCGGGCAGAAAGGAUGGCUGCACGGGCUAUAGAUAAUGCUACAGAUCUUCUCAGCUUUGGAAAAGAGUUAAGUGCUUUAGGAUCUGAUGCCACUCCACUUCCUUCUUGGGCUGCCGUCACCCAGAACACCUGGAGCACCCUGAAGCAGGCACUGAAAGGUUUAUCUGUAGAGUUCGCUCUGCUUGCUGACAAGGCAGCUCAUCAGGGGAAAUUGGAAGAAAUUGAUGUGGUAGAGAAAUUAAACCUGUUCUUAGACCUUCUUCAGUCUUAUAAAGAUUUGUGUGAGAGGCACGAGAAAGGAGUAUUGCACAAGCACCAGAAGGCCUUGCACAAGUACAGCCUUAUGAAGAAGCAGAUGAUGAGUGCAACAGUGCAAAGCAAAGAGGCUGAAUCUGUUGAACAACUGGAGUCUCGUAUUGUAGAGCAAGAAAAUGCUAUCAUAGUAAUGGAGCUCAGGAAUUACUUUUCCCUGUAUUGUUUGCACCAAGAAACCCAACUCAUUCAUAUUUACCUGCCCAUGACUUCACACAUUCUUGGAGCUUUCGUGAAUUCACAGAUCCAGGGCCACAAAGAGAUGAACCAAGUUUGGAACGAACUGAAACCAAAACUCAACUGCCUGUUUGUUGGAACCUCCACCCUACCUACUCCACCUCUCUCACCAGAGGAAAGAAAUUUCUUCCCUCACUAGAACAAUCCGUAGUAGCUGGGCAUCACAUGGGACAUCUCAAGAAUCUUUAUGCUGGACGGAAACUGGCUGCUCAUUUUUAAAACGGCCGUUUUGUAAUUUUCUGGUGGAGUAAAUGGUUAUUUUUUUUAUGCCCUAUCAAAGCCAACAGUAUACUGCUUUAUAUGCUCCAAUUACUUGAUACAGUCUUGAUGUAAACUUCUCGAUACGUGCCAUGAAAGCUUAUAUGUGAACAUGGAAGUCUUGCCUGUCUGACAUUUUCCUUUAUAAAAUGCCAGUAAAGCUGUAUGUGAUGCAAAGAGCCACUUGGGAUUUCUGCUGCACAAGUCUUUGAGUGCUGUGGAGAUCUCAUUAUCACUCGACAACCCUAAUUAGGUCAGUUGAUGACGGUAUCUGUGGUGUUCUGAGGCCUUUAGAGGGCACAAAGUAAUCCAGGCUCAAUUCAAUACUGCACAUUGCUUUAGGGGGCCAUUUAUCUAACACAGGUCUAAACAUUCCAAUUUUUGUGAUGACGUUCACUUUUAUUGCUUAUAAUCAAAUCAGUGGAGUUUUUUGUUUGGAAUUUCUUUAACCAAAUUAAUGGUUGUCUUAGAUAGGUCUGAGGUCUGCCCAGACCCCAGUUCUAUAUUAUUUAUAUAAAAGUAUACAAUGUUAUCCAUCACCGUCAUGUGCUAUUAGUCCUAUGGCAUGUAUAGCAAAUUGUGGGUGUUUU